AUGAGCCAGCCGACACCCACAGAUGUGAUCAUCAUUGGCGCAGGUUUUAGUGGUCUCCAAGCUGCUUUGGACCUUGAGGCCGCAGGCUACACAGUGAAACUCCUAGAAGCUCGCAAUCGGGUUGGUGGCAAGUCGUGGUCGGCGCCCAACGCUGCGGGCGGCGAUGGUCUCCAAGAGCUGGGCGCCGCUUGGGUUAAUGACAGCAAUCAAUCACAAGUCUGGUUCUACUGCCAGAAAUUCGGCCUGACCACCAUCGUGCAGAACAUUGGAGGCUCAGUAGCUAGUCAGAACGUGGAUGGAGACUGCCAUCUCUUCCCAUUCGGAGAGCUGCCACAGUUUUCGCAGGAGGAUUGCGCCAGCAUUGCUCACAUCCGAGACACCGCUGAAGCGGCAUCUCUCAACCCAGAUACAUUCAAGUCCCCUGAACGUCAACGCGUGGACUCGAUGACGUUCGAACAGUGGUGCCUUUCCCACAAAGCCACCCCGCUAGCGGUGAAGACUGCCGACGUCUGGUGCCGUGGCACUCUUGGCCAAGAUGCAGCCGACGUGUCUGCUCUCGCCUUCCUCGAGAUCGCCCGUGGCGCCGGUGGCUUGAUCCAACUGCGCUACGAUGGCAAGCACGGCGGCCAGCACCUCCGAGUCCGCGAAGGCACAUCCGCGAUCGCUGCUCACAUGGCGAAUCUACUCGGGCCCGAUACGCUCCAACUGAAUGCCGACAUCCACUCAGUCUCAAAGGCAAACGAUGGCAAGACCUGGAUCGUCAGUACCGCCACGAGGAAAGUAUAUGCCGCCCUCAAGGUCAUGCUCGCCAUUCCCACCCCAGCUUACAAACGCAUCAACUUCCAGCCCUCACUUCAGACCAUCCUACCCCGUGACCUCGCGGCCUACGUCUCCUCCACCCACUACGGAGUCUCCGUGAAGUACAUCGUUCUUUUCGCCACGCCCUUCUGGCGCGACCUCGGGUCCUGCGGCCUUGCACAGUCCUUCUCUGGACCUUUCAACCACUGCCGGGAUACCUCAGUCGACGCUGAUGGGUUAUACGCACUGACUGGUUUCAUCACGGCGGGCGUGGCUCGCACGUGGCUGCAGUAUGACGAUGAGAGGAGGAAAGAGCAGGUUUUGCGGCAGAUUGGGCGGUUGUUUGGGGUUGACUACGAAAAAGUUCAGAAGGAGUUUCGGGGCAAAAUGGAAAGUGAGUGGCAAGACGAUGGGCUUGCUGGGUGGGGAUGUCCUGUUCCGGUCCCGGGCAGGGGAGUUUUGGGAGCGAUGGAGGACGGGAGAUUAGACAGUCCAUUGGUUGCGGAAGAGGGCCUAUGCCUUGUGGGUACAGAAUUUGUCGGCACUUGGAGAGGAUAUAUGGAGGGAGCGUUGAGGAGUGGGGAGGAAGGAGCGCGUAAGGUUGUCGCUGCGCUGCGGGCAGAGGCAACUUAG